AUGCCGAGUGCUAUGCACCCCCAGGCCAAGUUUGACCCGAUCCCACCGGACCUCGAUCUUGAUUCUCUUGUUGAGAAUACCCCAAACUUCAAGUGGGUUGUGAGGAUCCCCGCAUCCAAAAUCAACCGAUUCGGACCCCAAGGUUUUGAGAAGCUCGUACUCCUCCACGUCAUCCAUGGCGGAAAGCCGCUUGUCAUUGAGGGCUGGAACGAUAGGCUCGAUCCGUCCAUCUUCAGUGCACGAUGGCUCGAAAGUGCCUACGACAAGAAGGAGGAGCCGGUGCGCGACAUCGGCGGGCAGACCGACAUGCGUAUGACCAUCGGUCACUAUCUCCGCUCCAUGCCUCAGCUCACCAACCAGUGGACACCUUCGAACUUCCGCGAGGAACGAAGACAGCGACUUUACCUGAAGGAUAUUGAUUGUCCUCCAGAAUGGCACGAACGACUACGCAAGAUCCUACCACCCAAUGUCUUUUACAUGAACGAUAAUAUCGAUAAGCGGGGUAACGAGACGGAUAUGGACUCGUUUGGAGAGACUGGCUGCGCACCUGCUGGCGAUCUGAUGAGUUGUCUACCUGAAGACAUGCGUGCCCAGAAUCUCAUGUGCUACAUUGGCCAUGAGGGGACUUACACUCCAGCUCAUCGCGAAAUGUGUGGUAGUUUGGGCCAGAAUAUCAUGAUCGAGGCUUCUGGUGGUGACAACGGCGAAAAACCGGGAAGUUCCAUCUGGUUUAUGACGGAGACCAAGGAUCGUGAAGUUGUCAAGGAGUACUUUCUCUCCAUGUUGGGUCACGACAUCGAAAUUGAGAAACAUUUUGCCCAGAUAAACGCUUGGAAGAAGGCGAGCUUCCCUGUCUAUAUUGUCGAGCAAAAACCGGGAGACUUCCUCCUCAUUCCGCCCUUGGCACCUCACCAAGUCUGGAACCGAGGCACCCGCACCAUGAAGGUAGCUUGGAACCGCACCACUGUCGAAACACUUGAGCUUGCCAUUCACGAGGCCUUGCCCAAGGCGAGACUUGUCUGUCGUGAUGAGCAGUACAAGAACAAAGCCAUCAUAUACUAUACUCUGAAAAAAUACUACAAAGACAUCCAGAGCAUGGAUGACAACGCUGACAUUGGGAUGUUGGGGUACGGUCACGACUUGGUCAAAAACUCGGCGAGGUCGAAGCAAAUGAUGCAGGAUUUCAAAAAGCUCUUUGCGCUCUACACUGAUAUCUUGGUGGACGAAAUGUUUGGCACCAAAGAGGCCAACGUCGAAUAUAUCGAGUUCGACUCCAACAUCACGUGUUCUUAUUGUCGAUGCAACAUUUUUAACCGCUUCUUGACUUGCAAACACUGCAUCAGGAUGCUGACCACGGGCGACGAGGAUACUUACGACGUCUGCCUGGAAUGCUAUGCUAUGGGGCGUUCUUGCGUGUGUGUAUCUAAGUUGAACUGGUGUGAGCAGUGGAACUGGUCAGACCUUGUCCAAGAUUACGAGGAAUGGCGAACCAUGAUCAUUCAAGAUGAUGGCUACAUUGACAUCAAAAACUCACCCCUUCCUCUUGAGAUUAUGAGGAAAAAGGCAGGUCGGAAGUCGGUGGCACAGAUUUGCCAGGAACAGCUACGACGACGCCCUUUCAACGACAUCACAAAAGUGGAACAGCCGGAACCUUUGGAACCGUCCGAUGUUGAAAUUGACGGAGAGGGCCGGCCGGUAAAGAAAAAGAAGAACCGCCGCAAGAAGAAGGCAGGCGAGACUUACCGCUGCCAUGUCUGUUGUCAUAGGGACAAUACUUUCCGUCUCGCAUUCUGCUCCAACAUCGGUUGUGCUGAGGCGUAUUGCUAUGGUACGCUUUACCGCGCUUUCGACCUCAUGCCACAAGAUGUUUUGCGGACAGAGAAUUGGAAAUGUCCCAAAUGUUUGAAGAUCUGCAACUGUGGCUCAUGCCGAAAGGCAAAUACGACGACACCCUAUACCCCAAAGAAAACCCUAUUAGGUCAUGACACAAGGCGCGUUGCGGAUGAUCGCAGCAAAGAGCUUUUGGUGGAUUUCCGGGUCCAUAACCUCACCUGGCUCAAAGCUACCGGAGAAGAAAGCCGAAGCCACAAUUCCAAGCGCUUGCAACGUCUCAAGGAGCAAGCAGAUGCCGAAAAGGCCAAGGAUGACACCACCAAGGAUGUUGACGUUUCCAUGUCUGGCACUGAUGACAAUGAGGCACGAGAGCAGCAGCAACCAGUUCAAGUUGGCUACGGCGACCAGAGUGCCAUUCUAGGUACCCACAACUAUGGUCAGACGGAAAUGGCACAGGACAGUACCUCUGGAGACCCAAUCGACGCACACGGUGAGCCUGAUGACAUGUUUGUUACGGGUGCCGCAGUUGAUAGCACUCCUUACCCCGAUCCCCUCGGCGACCGGGACCGCAUGGUUGGAUUGGGCUACUAUGAGCAAGAAGGCCCCGAUAGGAUUUUGUUUGACGACUUCGAAGCCCCUGAGUUGGACGCCCUUGAACAAGAGGACGAGAACGAAUAUCUGCAGAAAAUGUUGCAGAAGGCUAAGCGGAAGGCCAAGAAAGACGACGAGGAGGAUCCAGACUUCCGCGGUCCCAAAUCAUGGAGGAAGAAAUCCCGAAAUAACAGCAUGGCAACUGCAUUAUACAACGCCAUGGUUGACCCAUCGCUAUUAUCCGCUGGCGAUACUCUGACCGCCCCGGCCGGAGACGUAGUCACGGAAGAUGGAGCUGAGGCUGGCCCUCCGAUGGGUACACCGAUUCCUGGCGAACCGAAUCAGCCUAUUCUCCGACACGCAAAGCCGAUGGUCUCAUACGUGGAACCUGAUGAGGGCCUUGAAGAAUUCAACGAGGCGUAUGAAGCGGCACCAAAGAGAGACUUUCCGUCCCAGGUAGAUUUUACCGGAGAUCCCACUGCUGGCACGGAUCCCUUGGACCUCGCCGCCGAGGCUAUGCGAACUCUCCUGGGCGGAGGCGAUGAUGAUGGUUCUAUAGGCGAUGCUCCGGCCCCGCCCCCUGCACCCACUCCUGCCCCUGUGGAACUACCUCGUCCACGUGGUAGACCCGGCCGACCAAAACGCCAAUCUGAGCGUGUCCAGCUGGCAGAUGCCGUACCUGAACCCGCUCCACCCAAGCCAAGAAAAUCACGCACGUCGAUGCUGGCCAGUCAGGGAUUAGAUCGUGCAAUAGGCGAUGACGACACGCAACCUGCUGAGAAACUAGAUGCGGGCGAGAGUCGACAGAAACCCGCUCCUGAACUGCGGAGACGCGGUAGGCCCCGUAAGAUUCGGCCCACAGAAGAUGCGGCAUCACGAUCGCCGUCUCCCGACACACCCCAGUACAUGUCAAUGGCAGAACGUAUGGCGCUCCGAGGCAAGAAGCUCAAGGUUGCUAAGAGCAGACAGGCUAUCGAUCGGGCAUCAACGACAUUUUUACAGUCAGGAGCGAAUGCGCCGACAACACAGCAGGCUAACACCCCAACACCCGUUGAGUUUGAAAACGUCAACAGGCCUGUUAAGAGGGGGUCUGUGGGCUGGCCGAAAAGGACUCAGGAGCAUGAGGAACCAGAGCAAAGAAUUCACAACGGCAGUGUUGUGGGAAAACAACAGGGCGAGCAGGCGCAAGACAGUGGCAAGGAAAGUGAUGAUGAUAGUUUUGUCCUCGCCGUGGAGGAGCCAAAAAGCAAAGCCAGCGCCUCUGUAUCUGUCUCGUCGAGUUCUGUGUCUGUGUUUGCACCGCGCCCUGGACCUCCUGGAUCUCAGCUCCGCUACCCCCAGCCGGCGUCGAUUCCCAAUGCUAAACCCGGUCCUACAGUGGUCAGGCUUGGGGAUUUGGACCUUGAUCAAGACGACAGCCUCGAUGAUUUCAUGGAGGGUUUGGAAGAUAACAUCUCCCUGACUGACUCUGGAAGCGAUGACGAUGACGAGGGCAUUCCGGCUGUUGUCAAGCCCAAAUCGAUAGCCACCAGGGGUAGGGGAAGGCCACGUGGUGGUCGGGCAAUCAGGGGAGGACGAGGUCGUGGCAGGGGUCCGAGGUGA